UCAGCAAUCUCCCCUAUAAUCUCUGACAAUACCUCCCGGAACCGGGAAUCAUACCUUAGUUUUAUAGAUAUGGCGGCAGGGCCCAUUGCAGAACGAAAUCAAGAUGCGACGAUUUACGUCGGAGGACUCGACGAUAAAGUUACGGAGUCCCUCAUGUGGGAACUAUUUGUUCAGUCAGGACCAGUAGUGAAUGUUCACAUGCCCAAAGACCGCGUCACGCAGAUGCACCAGGGCUAUGGGUUUGUAGAAUUCAUGGGCGAGGAGGACGCUGACUACGCCAUAAAAAUCAUGAACAUGAUUAAAUUGUACGGAAAACCCAUUAGGGUAAAUAAGGCUAGUGCUCAUCAGAAGAAUCUGGACGUCGGUGCUAACAUUUUCAUUGGCAAUCUCGAUCCGGAGGUGGACGAGAAGUUGCUGUAUGAUACAUUCAGUGCUUUUGGAGUGAUUCUUCAAACACCAAAGAUAAUGAGAGACCCAGAGACUGGAAACUCCAAGGGUUUUGCUUUCAUAAACUUUGCAUCAUUCGACGCCUCUGACGCCUCGAUAGAAGCAAUGAACGGUCAGUACCUCUGUAACCGUCCAAUAUCGGUCUCAUACGCAUUCAAACGUGACGCCAAGGGUGAGCGUCACGGGAGCGCUGCUGAGCGUCUCCUGGCAGCUCAGAAUCCCCUGAGUCAGGCCGAUAGACCUCACCAGCUGUUCGCCGACGCUCCCCCGAUGAGCAUGCCAGCCCAAGGUCUUCCCCAGCCUCAGCACCAUCACCCACCCCAUCAGAUGAUGCAUCACGGAAUGGUGGUGCCACCACCUCCACCUCCAGCCACCCCCAUGCCAAUGGGUCAUCCUCCGCCACCGCCUGUUCCUCCACCUCCAUCUGGAUUCAAUCCUUCGAGCAUUCCUCCACCACCCCUUCCCCCCAUGUCGAUAUCCCAUCCACCCCUCCCACCUGGCAUGCCGCCACCUCUUCCCCCUAUGCCUAUUCCGCCGUCCCAAAACCAAGGUCAUAGGAUGAUGGCACCACCAGGCUCUCACUGGCCACCUCCUGGACAAUUUCCACCACCUCCCCCUCCGUCAGGACCAUCGGGACAGUUUGGAGGGUAUCAGCCUGCUCCACCACCCCCCAGGCCCCCACCGACGUGGAGGCAUCCGAUGCCACCUGUCUCUCAAGGGGGAGGUGCACCACCUCCUCCACCCCCACAGUUUAGACCGCCAUUCCCACGGGGACCACCACCACCUCCACCACCACAUGAUAAUGGUGGGUACUAAUAAUGACGGGACAGGGGUGAAAGAUGUAGGGAGUCGAUGUUUUAAUUAAGAAUUAAAAAUAUUUGAAUUUUUUAAGAUCGAAUAUCAUUUACUAUGACUUGACUGAGGUCAAUGUGUCUUCAAUAAAAUGAUUUUUUGUA